CGCUUGUAGCAGGAGCCAAUGGGGGCGGCCGUAACAUGGCGGGAGCCGUAGGUUGAGGGGCGGGGGUGUAUUAAGGCAGCGCUGGCUCUAGCAGCACCGUGCCGGCUCCUUGUCCCGCCUCUCUCGCCCCCGCAGGCAUGGAAUCCUCGCAGGUUGCCAUCAUCGGCAGUGGACUCAUUGGUCGCAGCUGGGCCAUGGUGUUUGCUGCUGGAGGCUUCAAAGUGAAACUUUAUGAUGUUUCACAUCAGCAGCUGACAAGUGCACUGGAAAAUAUUCGCAAACAAAUGAAAGAGAUGGAGAAGUCGGGAUUCCUGAAAGGAACUUUGAGUGUGGAGCAGCAGUUGGCUCUCAUUAGUGUCUGUACAGACCUGAAGGCAGCAGUAGAGGGUGCUACUUUCAUUCAGGAGUGCACUCCGGAGAGCCUGGAACUGAAAAAGAAGAUUUUCAGUCAGUUAGAUCUUAUUGUUGGUGACAAUGUUAUCUUGAGCAGCUCAACCUCUUGUCUCUUACCCAGCAAAUUGUUCACUGGCCUUAAACAUGUUAAGCAGUGUAUUGUGUCACAUCCUGUAAACCCACCUUACUUUGUGCCGUUGGUUGAAAUUGUUCCUCAUCCAGAAACAGAUCCUUCUACUACAGAAACAACAUAUGCCCUGAUGAAGAAGAUUGGUCAGUCUCCUGUCAAACUAAACAGAGAAAUUGAGGGAUUUGUUCUGAAUCGGCUCCAGUAUGCAGUGAUAAGUGAAGCCUGGAGGCUUGUGGGUGAAGGGGUAAUAUCUCCUACUGAUCUAGACCUUGUGAUGUCUGAUGGAUUGGGAAUGCGAUACGCAUUUAUUGGACCUCUGGAAACCAUGCAUCUUAAUGCAGAAGGUAUAUCAAAUUACUGCGAAAGAUACCGUGAAGGUAUGAGACUUGUUCUGAACACCUUUGGACCAGUUCCAGAAUUUUCAGGUGAAAUUGUGCAGAAAAUCAAUCAGGCAAUGUCUGAAAAAAUUCCAGUUGUUCCUAAAGGCUUGGAUGCCAGGAGAAAAUGGAGAGAUGACUGUCUCACUGGUCUUGCCAAACUGAAAAAACAAAUGAUAUCUGACUGAGGUGCACUUUGUCUAACAGGAGAGACCAUAUGAAGAGCAAAUCUUUAUAAAAAAUGGAAAUUUUUGGUCAUGCAGAACAUGAGACUGAAUGUGCAAACAAUGAUAUGCACAGAUGUAGAGACCAAUGAAACAUUUGGUCCAAAUUUGUCGUGACGUAAUUCACGAAUAACUGGAAACAGUUACUAAAAAGUUGAGUUAAAAUUUAUCAAAUUACUAUAUAUAUAUGCAUUAGAUGUGUAAGCCUUAAGUAGCUUUAGCAAUAUUGUGCAGUGCUGGAACACAAUCAUGUUUUAAAUAAUGCAUUUUUCAGCUUGCUUAGGAAUUCAGCGCUUGAACAAUAUUUGCUUAUUCAGGGAUCUGAAAUGGGCAGGCAUCAGCUGUUUGUCAAUGGAGAAAAUAAGCCCUCACCCGCCAAUCACUGCAGCAGCAAGGUUAGCUUGGAAAGCACUGACGGUAGAUAGGAGCAGGUUGUGUUGAGCAAAGAGUAGAUUCGCUGGCUAGUGAGCUGAGACCUCACGGCAGUAAGGGUCACUUCAGCUUACAUUUGUUCCACAACGUAGGGGAAAGAAUUACUCCUUUCCCUCCCUUUGGCACUUCUGUACCUGUAUGAUGAUUUAAGUGUGAGUAAAUAGAGCGGAAUUCCCUCCUCAUCCCCUGCUUCUGGUUCUCUAAGACUUACCAAAGGGCUACUUAGUCUUUAAGAACCAUGCACUUGAUUACCCCAUGGCUUUGCCCCAGCUUGUCAGAUGUUUGGUGCUGGCCUUUGGCACUGCUGUGUAAAUAUGUGCCCCAUUUUAAGACUUGCUUAUGAGAAAUAAGAGAUUUUGAUUUGGGACACAGUAUGGUGUAGUGGAUCGGUCUGGGCUUUCUCCCAAGCUAUUCCGUGACCAUCUGAGUGAUCCUGGGAAGCCAGUUCAUCUCUCUGUUGCCGUGUCUAUUUUGUACAUUAUCUGAAGCAGAGACUGCUUUAGAACUCAGCUGUAGUGAAUGUAACAGCUGCAACUGAAGGGACUCCAGGUAUCUGCUGCUUUGCUCCCCUAAGGAGCAAGUGAUACAAAAAGCCUCUUUUCGAGCGGGAAAGAUACAGUGGCUUACAUGUAGCAUUUAUACUUUACUGCCGCCCUUCCUACAGGAGACAACAUCUCCUCCAUGGAUAAGGAUGCAGCGUACACCUGGAAGUGCUGCAGUGGCAUGUGUUGGUCCACAGCAGACAAAGUGUUAUUAUGAAAGUACAUACCCUGUAAUAUAGCUGAACUUUGAUCUUAGCUGGAGCCUUGGGGCAUUAUUGUUAUGCAGGCAGUAAGCGUAACUUGAAACAGCGCAUUGCAUGCAGCCUGCUUGAGCUUCAUUUCUGAAUUUGUGCUAACUGGUCAUGUAACUGAAGUUACAGCACAGAUGCAGAAAUUUUAAGCUGUCACUUUGCUAAUGUUCUUGUGUUUUGCAGAGCAUGCAGCAUACAAACAGGUUGCUGAAACUUAAUUAGUUACCAUUUUGAGCUGAGCAGCAGAAAUAUCUGCCUGAACAUACCAAUACCACUUGUUUCUGCUGAAGUCACAGUAGAAGAGACCUGAGGUAAAUUGUAUCACUUGAUGCAAGUGGUGGGCCAAGAACACAUCUCUGAAUGUGAAACAUAGGACGGGUGGCAUAAUGCAGAGGUUGUCCUGUGCUGCUUUAUAAUCAGUGGAGAGAAAGGAGAAAUUGUAAGAUCAAUCUAUUUUAUCCCAAUAUAGACUUAAAAUUGACAAGUUUCUUCUAUUGCUUUUUAUUGCCACAGCGACUCACUCAGCCUGCAUUUAGACAUCUGAAGCUGGGGAGGUCAGUCCUCACUCCUGAUGGCUUAAGUAAUAGUAAAUUAAUUAUCGGGCUGAUUUCCUCAUUUUAUGUAUGUUUUUGUAUUUCAGACAAGGCCAUAGAAGGUUCCAGUUGCUUUCAAGAUGAGACCUGUUUUUCUAUGAGCAUAUGACACUGUCAUAACUAAUUAGCUUGCAUUGCUUCUGUUUAUUAUGAAAUAUUUUAAACCUUGAUCAUGUCAUCAUAUAUUUGCCUCUGUCUUUAGUGUUUGCUUAUGAAUAAAGUAUUUUAAUGAGGAAAAUAUUAA